AUGAUCCUUUCAACAGAGCAAAUCUACGACACAAUUUCCAAGUCGAUCGAGACUCAUACCGACGACUUGGCUUCAAUAUGUAAAAAGGUAUUUGUCACUGACCCACCGCUACUUACAAGACUAACACCUAGCUCCAGAUCCAUGAAAAUCCAGAUAACGAGACAUGCAUAUGGUCUCGAGACAUCCUUUGAAGUUGAGUUUGGUCAAGGGGGAAAACUGGUCGUGUUCAAUGCUGAAUACGACGCUCUUCCUGGUCUUGGCCAUGCCUGUGGACACAACUUGAUAGCAACAAGCUCCAUUGCUGCAUUCCUCGCAACAGCUGAAGUUCUUCGUCAUGGAAAGCUCAAGGGAAGGGUGCGACUCUUGGGAACUCCAGCUGAAGAAGGAGGCGGAGGCAAGAUCCGUCUUAUCGAAGCUGGAGCUUAUCAAGGCGUUGAUGCGUGUCUCAUGGCGCACCCCACAGGACGUCUUUCACCUGAGGGAACAAAGAAGGUGGAUGGUAUCUCGGCGGCCAAGUCGAGUGCGCGGAGGCAGUUGGAGGUGACGUUCAAGGGCCAGAAUGCUCACGCGGGAAUGAGCCCAUGGCAUGGGAAGAAUGCCCUGGAUGCUGUGGUAUCGUCUUAUGUCAACAUUUCCCUUUUGCGACAGCAGUUGCCUCCUUCAGCACGGGUGCAUGGUGUCAUCAGAGCAGGAGGUGCUGAGCCAAACAUCAUCCCAGAUACUACAAGUCUCGAGUACUAUCUGAGGGAGAGCACCGUCGAGAGCAUCCAAGAUCUAUCACGCAAGGUGGAGGCGUGUUUCAAGGCUGGAGCGGUAGGGACUGGCUGCGCGUUGGAGUGCGACUGGCAUUCAGACAAAGACUACAUGGAGCUCUGCCCCAACACGGCCAUCUCUGCAGAGUUUACGAGACACAUGAAGGCAUUUGGCAGAGAAUACCUGGAUGAUUCAGGGAAACCGCCAAUGGGAGCUUCCACAGACAUGGGCAUCCAUCCCAUGUUUUCGAUAGGGACUGAGGACCCUCUAAUCCAGCCUCACACACCAGAGUUUGCUGCUGCAGCUGGCACAAAGGAGGCAUUAAAUAGCGCUCUAGACUGCGGCAAAGGUCUAGCCGCAACAGCUUGCGAAGUACUUCUGGGGCCGGAGCUGUCAGUAAAAGCUUGGGAUGAGUUUCGUCGGGACGUGGAGCCGAUCAUAGACAGAUUGUAG